CCGUUAGACCUCUUUCUCCUUCUCUCUCUCUCUCUCUCUCUCUCUCUCUCUCUCUCUCUGCGGGUUUGGUUUCAGAGUCAGACAGAGAAGCAGACAAUGUAUUCGAGCACUGGGUACAAUAACGGCUACCACCAACCGGAGCAGCAACACCAGCACUCUACCGACAAGCGAGCCGGACCUCGCCGUAGGGAACGAGCUCGUAGUCGUAGGCCACGUGACUCGAGAAGCGGCCAUGGUCUUAGGGUUUCAGAGCUGCUGCAAAACGAGCAGAAAUCUCCGCCUCCUUGCACCGACUUCGACAUGGCUUACUUCCACUCCUAUGCGCACGUUGGCAUCCACGAGGAGAUGAUCAAGGAUCGGGUGCGGACAGAAACCUAUAGGGCUGCAAUCAUGCAGCAUCAGAGUUUUAUUGAAGGCAAAGUUGUGGUUGAUGUUGGCUGUGGGACAGGCAUCCUUUCUAUAUUCUGUGCUCAGGCUGGUGCAAAACGGGUAUAUGCAGUUGAUGCAAGUGACAUUGCAGUGCAGGCAAAUGAAGUCGUGAAGGCAAUAAUUAUCUGAUAAGUUAUUGUAUUGCAUGGCGAGUUGAGGUAUGCAGAUUACGGAGAUGUCGAAAUUGAUGAGGAGGUUGAUGUUAUAAUUUCAGAGUGGAUGGGUUAUAUGCUUUUGUAUGAGAGUAUGCUAGGAAGUGUAAUUACUGCUAGAGAUCGCUGGCUAAAACAUGGAGGUUUGAUUCUUCCGUCAACUGCGACGUUAUACAUGGCUCCUGUUACACAUCCUGACAGAUACAGUGAAAGUAUUGAUUUCUGGCGCAAUGUCUAUGGAAUUGAUAUGUCUGCUAUGAUACAGCUAGCUAAACAGUGUGCAUUUGAGGAGCCAUGUGUGGAGACAAUAACUGGUGAGAAUGUUUUGACAUGGCCACAUGUGGUUAAGCAUGUGGACUGCUAUACAAUCCAAAUUCAUGAGCUAGAAUCUGUUUCAACAAGAUAUAAGUUCCAGUCAAUGAUGAGGGCCCCAUUACAUGGUUUUGCAUUUUGGUUCGAUGUCGAAUUCAAUGCGCCAGCAACAUCAUCUAUAGAUAAUCAUGUAUCAGCCUUGCUGAGUGGUUCAUCAGAUAAUCAUCAAAUGGAUGGUAGCCAAAGGAAGAAACGAACAAAUCCCAACGAAGCACUGGUACUGUCCACUGCCCCUGAGGACCCUCCCACACAUUGGCAGCAGACACUUGUCUACUUUUAUGAUCCAAUUGAGGUAGAGCAAGAUCAACUCAUUGAAGGCUCUGUGACAUUAUCACAAAGUAAAGAAAAUGCUCGAUUCAUGAAUAUUCGCCUUGAGUAUGCCUCAGGUGGCCGAUCUUUUGUAAAGGAAUCAGUAAUGCGUUGAUGAUGAGUUGAUAUGGAAACUAGUUUCUUUGAAAGGGUUUGUGAAUCUAAAUCUCGUUAGUUAUAUCUGUGGAUUUCUUGACUGCAAGUCCUGGUAACUUUGGGAUUCAGCUGGGUUUACUCUGCAAACUCAUCGAUUUCACUAAUUUUUAGGUUAGGAAGAUGCGUGAAGAUGAGACGAUUAACAAAUUACAGAUACAGAAAUAGGUGAUUCAGUUUAGGGAAAUUUUGAUGUUAACCAAGCUUGUGUACCGCGGUUGUUUUAGAUUUCUCUUUAGGUUGUAUUUUACUCGUAGAUCUAUGAAGAUGGGAUUUGUCA